AAUCAUCAGCUCCUGAGUUCACACAUACAGCUCUGAAACCCCAGGUUUCAUUGUUUCGUACCUCCGUAUCCAAAUGAUGACCUCAUCAAUACCUUCUCUCUGCACCGUUCUCUUCCUCAUCUUCCUCAUCCAUGCCGACUCUCAGUCCCUUCAAGACAAGGAACGAGUAGUCCUGCUCAAGUUAAAGUCAUAUUGGCUAUCUCCACCGGCCCUCAGCCAGUGGACUUCAACAUCAAACUCCAGCUCUCAUUGUGACUGGCCUGAGAUCACCUGCACCGGAAACUCCGUCACCGGUUUAGUUCUCUACAACGUAAACCUCACCAUUGAAGUUCCAUCCUUCAUUUGUGACCUCAACAACCUCACACACCUCGACCUUGGUGAUAACUACCUCCCGGGAGAUUUUCCCUUGUCUCUCUACAACUGCUCCAAGCUAGAGUACUUGGACCUCUCGCAAAACUACUUUGUUGGGACUAUUCCUGAUGAUAUCGACAGAUUGCCUAAGCUUAAGACGCUCAUCCUCGCCGGCAACAACUUCUCCGGCGAUAUUCCUGCUUCUAUUGGGAAAUUAGAGGAGCUGACAACUUUGCAUUUAUACACAAACGAUCUCAACGGCUCUGUCCCUGCAGAAAUAGGUAACCUCUCCAACCUUGAGGUCCUCUGGCUGUCUUGGCUUCCCAAAAUGGCGCCAUGGAAGCUGCCUUUUGAUUUCACCAAGUUGAAGAAGAUGAAGAUAUUGAGGAUUCGUGAAGUGAAUUUGUUUGGAGAAAUACCAGAGUCUGUUGGAGAAUUGGAAGCACUUGAAGAAUUGGAUUUGGCGCAAAACAACUUGAGCGGGAAAAUACCAAGUGGUGUGUUUUUGUUGAAGCAUUUGAGCAUUAUAUAUCUCUUCAAAAACAAGAUAUCAGGGGAGAUUCCUCAAGUGGUUGAAGCACACAACUUAACCAUCAUCGACAUCUCAGAGAACAAGCUCACAGGGCCGAUACCACAAGGUUUCAGCAACCUUACCAAGUUGAGAGAUAUGAGUUUGUUCUACAAUGAUGGUAUUUCUGGUCCGAUUCCAGAGCCAAUUGGCCUCCUGCCAAAUCUUGUGAUUUUCAAAAUGUUCAACAUGAACCUUUCAGGAACAAUUCCUCCAGAGCUUGGAAAGCAUUCGCCGCUUGAAGAUUUCCAGGUUUCGGUGAAUAGGUUGACAGGAAAGCUGCCUGACGGUUUGUGCAAAAAUGGUAAGCUUGUGGGAGUAGUUGCUUAUGAGAAUAGUCUCACUGGAGAGCUACCAAGCUCUCUUGAAAAUUGUGACAGUUUAUUGGUAAUUGAAGUUCAAGAUAACAAGUUUUCUGGGGACAUUCCUAGUGGUAUGUGGAAUGCAUUGAAUUUGAGUUAUGUGAUAAUGAGCAACAAUUCGUUUACGGGUGAACUUCCUGAGAAGAUGUCACAUAAUCUUCUCAGGGUGGAAAUCCGAGACAACAAGUUUUCAGGUCAGAUUCCAAGAGGGGUGUCUUCCUGUAAGAAGUUGCAAGUAUUUGAUGCUGGUAACAACCUCUUCAAUGGUAGUUUUCCUGGGGAAUUGACUACUCUUCCGAGCUUGGCAAGUCUUUACCUUCAUCAGAAUCGGCUUAGUGGACCACUUCCAACAGAAAUUGAUUCAUGGGAGUCGCUAAACGUUCUUAAUCUGAGUAGAAAUCACCUCUCUGGACCAAUACCAGAGAAGCUUGGUGCUUUGCAAUCACUUACUGCGUUGGACCUUUCAGAGAACCAAUUUUCGGGCCAAAUUCCGAAUCAACUUGGCAUUCUCAGACCCAACACUCUCAAUCUUUCUUCAAAUCUCCUCACUGGAGAGAUCCCAACUUCAUUUGAAAACUCUGCGUAUGAUAAAAGCUUCUUGAACAAUACUGGUCUCUGUACAAGCACCAGUGGUUUGAAUAUUAAUAUAUGCUCUAAAUCAUCAAAUUCCAAUACGGAUUCAAAUCGAUCUCUACCUUUGAUCUUAAGUCUAAGCGCAAUGUUGUUCCUGUUGGUCUUGUUGUUAUUAGUCUUCUUUGUUAGAGGUUACUUGAGAAGGAAGGAUGGAUCAGAUGCAGACUGGAAGCUCACUUCAUUUCAGAGGUUGAAUUUCACAACUUCAAAAAUCUUGUCAGGGUUGACUGAAAGCAAUGUGAUUGGAAGUGGUGGAUCUGGGAAGGUCUAUCGUGUACCAGUGAAUCGUACAGGUGACUUUGUAGCUGCAAAGAGGAUUUGGACCAACAAGAAGAUCAUGGAGGAGAGGCUUGAAAAAGAGUUUCUUGCAGAAGUCAAGAUACUGAGCUCAAUUCGACAUGCCAACAUAGUGAAGCUGAUGUGCUGCAUUUCCAGUGAGACUUCGAAACUUCUUGUAUACGAGUACUCAGACAAUCGAAGCCUAGAUCGAUGGUUGAACAAGAAAAAUAGGCCACCCCUGUCCAACCUCUCCAGUUCAGUUCAUCAUGCUGUCCUGGACUGGCGUAAGAGGUUGCAAAUUGCAGUGGGAGCUGCUGAGGGCCUCUGCUAUAUGCAUCACGACUGUGUUCCACCCAUUGUGCAUCGAGACGUGAAAUCAAGUAACAUUCUAUUGGAUUCUGAUUUCAACGCGAAAUUAGCUGAUUUUGGUCUGGCCAAGAUGUUGGUCAAGCAAGGAGACCUUGCCACAAUGUCAGCUGUUGCUGGUUCCUUUGGUUACAUGGCUCCAGAAUAUGCACAUUCCACGAGAGUUAAUGAGAAGAUUGAUGUAUAUAGUUUCGGGGUCAUCCUGCUGGAGCUGGCAACUGGUAGGGAACCGAAUGAUGGUGAUGAGCACACUUCUCUUGCCGAAUGGACGAGACGUCAUGCUCAAGAAGGCAAACCUAUCGCCGAUGCUCUGGACCAUAAUGUCAAGAAACCACGUUACUUGGAUGAAAUGACCGCUGUGUUCAAACUCGGCAUCAUGUGCACUGAGACACUUCCUUUGAACAGGCCUUCUAUGAAGGAGGUUCUGCAUAUCUUAGUUCGAACUUGUCCGCAGCCAGUUCGCAGGGAAAAGACCGAGUAUGCCACCGCCCCUCUCCUCAAGAAUUCAAGGCGAGAGGGGGUGUUGGGUGAUCAAGAUGGUUUGGCAACGAAUGUGUGAUACAUUCCCAGAAGAGGACGACACCAAAUAAAAGGGGAUAUAAGGCAUGCAUCUAGACUAAUACAUUAUAUUGUGUUGUAUAUGUAGGCUAAUAUAAGAGGCUUGUAGGCAGUUUAUGAUUUGCACAUGUACAUUGAGAUCCCUUCAAAGAGGAGCACCGUGC